AGGUUGGAAAGAAAAUUUUGUUUACAAUCAUAUCCUAUCCUAUCCAAAACAAACAUAUUAUUCACAAUCCUACAAUCUAAUUCUGUCCAAAACAAACAUGAAUAAAAGAUUCAUCUCCUCAAUAAUAAUCUCACCUCAUUAUCAAUCACAAUCCUAAUCCCACCUCAUUAUGAAUCUCUCCAAAACGAAAUCUGUUAUCAAACACGCCUUCACGAUUAGUCGAAGUGCACAAUAAACUGACACUGACACGUGAUUUAUCAAAAGAUACAGCUCUAUAUAGAUUAGUGGUGUGGAUUGUAAACCAGACCACCUCAAACAAACAGCUAAUAGCAAUUAGCAAAACCACGGCCGGCAAUGGGAAAAAACUGCAUGUAGCAAUGUUCCCAUGGCUAGCUUUCGGUCACAUGAUCCCAUACCUAGACUUGGCAAAAUUCAUAGCCCAAAAGGGUCACAAAAUCUCCUACCUCUCAACUCCUAGAAACCUCAACCGCUUGCCAAAACUCCCUCCACAUCUCUCCUCUCUCAUCACUUUCGUCCCCAUCUCUCUCCCUCGCGUCGACCAGCUCCCGGAAAAUGCCGAAGCCACCAUGGACGUCCCCCCCGACGAUGUCCACUACCUCAAAAAGGCCUUCGACGGUCUAGAGCCCGAGUUGGCUCGAUUCCUCGAAACCGAGUCUCCUCACUGGAUCAUUUACGAUUUCGUCCCUCACUGGUUACCCCCAAUUGCGGGCAAACUCGGUAUUUCACAGGCCUUCUUUUUGAUUAUCAACGCUUGGUUCCUCGCAUUCUUUGGCCCGUCGGCCUCGAUGCUCGAUAAUUCUGUCAUGCGGCCGACAGAUCCGGAACAAUUCACGGUGCCACCCAAGUGGAUCACGUUUCCAACUAAAGCAGCUUAUCACGACUACGAGAUCAAGCGAACGUUCAAAACCAGUUCGGAACAAGAGAAUGCUUCUGGGGUUGAGGAUUUUUAUCGUGCUGGGUGCACUAUUACGGGUUGCGAUGUACUGGCGAUCCGACACUGUAGAGAAUUCGAACCCAAUUGGUUGACCUUGUUGGAAGAGCUCCACCAGAAACCGAUUAUUCCAUUGGGCUUAAUGCCACCUUCAGUGGAAGAACCCGGAGGCGACUCGAACGACACGUGGGUUUCAAUCAGUGAGUGGCUAAAUAAGCAAAACAUUGCGUCUGUGGUAUACGUAGCUCUAGGGAGCGAGGUUGCAUUGCGUCCGGACGAACUCACUGAGUUGGCUCUUGGACUGGAGCUAUCUGGUUUGCCCUUUUUUUGGGUGCUGAGGAAGCCAGUCGGGUUGACCGAGGCAGACUCAUUCACGUUGCUACACGGGUUUGAGGAGCGAACAAAACAUCGAGGAAUUGUGUGGAAGAAUUGGGCGCCUCAACUCAGGAUACUGAGUCAUGACUCAGUUGGAGGGUUCUUGACUCACUGUGGGUGGAGUUCAAGUGGAGAGGGAAUCCGAUUUGGGUUGCCACUUAUUAUGCUUCCCCUUGUAUUGGAUCAAUGUUUGAAUGCAAGGAUAAUGGAAGGGCAUGAGUUUGGGAUUGAGGUGCCGAGAGAUGAGGGUGACGGGUCGUUUACAAGGAACUCAGUGGCUGAGUCGAUCAGGUUGGUUAUGGUGGAUAAGGAAAAGGGAAGCAUUUACAGGGAGAGAGCAAAAGCAAUGAGUUCCCUGUUUGGUGACAAGGUCCUGCAUGAUCAGUAUUUGGAUUACUUUGUCCAGUAUCUCGAAAACCAUAAGAGUCAAGAUUGAGUUCUAUUUCAAACAAAGCUGAAGGCAUUCAUAUUCAACACAUCAACAAUACUCAGCAGAAAUUUCGAAGGGGUUGAUGUGAAAAUUUAUGGAUUCGUUGAUGCUAUGUUGCAACCUAUGAAUUCAACGAGAGUUUUCUAUUUCUCCAGACGAGCUAUAUCCUGGUCCUUAAUGUUCCAUCUCAUUCGUUCAAUUUAUAUACAAAAAAAUCUGUAAGAACAAAAAUAGUACUCCCUCCGUCCUCUUUUUAAAGUCCAGUAUUUUAUUUUGGGUUAUUCCUUAAUAAGUGUCCAUUUUUUCCUUUUUAAAGUCCAGUAUUUCAUUUUGGGUUGUCCCUUAAUAAGUGUCCAUUCUAAAAAGUUAGUGGGUAAAAGUUGGUACAUUUU